AUGCAAGGAUGCAAUCCCUUCUACACGUGGGCAGUUUUCCAUUUGUACAUACAAGUCCCCUCCAUCUGGACUUAUGUAAACUUAGAUAUAUUUUUUUCACUUUUUCCUAUUUCAAUCUCCACUCUUGGAUUGUUCUUCCUCUUGCCCAUCAGAUUUCUUGUGAAGUCCCACGGAAGGUUACGCUCUUCCCAUCAGGUCUCUAGAUGCCGGUGUAUUAUACAGCUGGCCCCUGCAGCCACAGACCCAGCAGCUCCAGGGAAGAAGUUGAAGUGCACGAAUGUCUACAGCUGGGUCUGCUAA